AUGGCCACUGCUGCUCCUCCCGUCCCCAAGCUCGACCGCUAUGUCAUCAUCCAUGUGGCCACCACCUGCGAUGAGCACGGCGUCUAUGUCACAAAAGAUUCUGCUGAAGUCAUUGAGCUUGGAUGGAUUUUGCUCGACGCAAAGACCUGUGAUGAGAUAUACCGGGAAAGCGUACUCGUCAAGCCCAUCAAUACCCCCAUCACCCCACUGUGCACCAGCCUCACUACUCUGACAUGGGAGCACGUCCGUAACGCCGGCUCCUUCCGCGAUGCAGUGGCUCGAUUCGACCAUUUUGCUCAAGAGCACCUUAUAUCCAAGAAUCUCGAGUUCUCCUUUGUCACACUGGAUGCCUGGGACUUGCGGGUCCAGUUGCCCCGAGAAGCUCGAGACAAGUCGGUCGUCCUACCAGCUUACCUGCAACAUUCCCGGACCUUCGACCUGCGCUCAGAAUACGCCCGUUGGCAACAGCACCAUCCAGAGUCCCUGCCGUUCGGCCCCAGCUCGCUAGCAAACAUUUGUGCUGCUCUGGAAGUGGAACCUGUGCAAUCGUCCGCCCCAAUCAAGCACAAUCUACCCUUUCACCUCCAGGCCCUGGCUCCUGCCUCUCCCCGCCGUGCCAUGGAAGAGGCCGUCACUCUUGCAAGGGUUCUCAGAGGCCUCAUUCGGAAGUCACAACCCGCCCAUGACCACCCAGAAAUCCUGACCCGCCCCAUGGACGCAAGGGCCGACGUCAAUGCCUUCUUGAAGGAACGUAGUAAAGUCCUGCACAUGAACGGCCUGCCGCACGACACAACCCAGUCAGAACUCGAAAGCUGGUUUACGCAGUUCGGUGGUAGACCAAUCGCCUUCUGGACCCUUCGCACUCCUGAUCAGCACAAGCCUACCGGCUCAGGUUUCGCCGUCUUUUCUUCACAUGAAGAGGCAGCUGAGAGUCUCUGCAUGAACGGUCGCGCCCUCAACGAGAAGGCCAUUGAGGUCUCGCCUUCCUCUAGCCGAGUCCUUGAUCGUGCCGCCGAGAUCCUGACUCCAUUCCCUCCAAGUAAAAAUCGACCAAGGCCUGGUGACUGGAACUGCCCAUCAUGCGGCUUCUCAAACUUCCAACGCCGCACUGCUUGCUUCAGAUGUUCAUUCCCAGCUGCGGGCUCAGGUGCUGGCGACCCCUACAAUGCUAAUGCCUUCCCUUACCAUCACGGCUAUCCUCCAUAUGGAGGUCAACCUCCACACAUGGGACACCACCAUCACGGCCAUCAUCCCAGGGGUGGAGCAGGCGUUGUCCCAUUCCGUGCUGGUGACUGGCGUUGUGGUGCUGAGGGAUGUCAAUACCAUAAUUUUGCAAAGAAUAUUAAUUGCCUUCGUUGCGGUGCACCACGUUCGGGUGCUGCUGUGGUGGUCGACUCUUCUUUCCCCUCGCCCAUGGGCCCUCCCUCAGGAUUUGGAAUGGAACCUGGAUCAAUGGGAGGCACCCCAGGACCAGCGCCAUAUGGAGCAGGUGCUGCUGCAUUCGGCUCUGGCACCGCAUUUGGUCAGCCACCAACUCAAUACGGAAUGCCUUCGGCGAUGGGUGCCCCUGGAGGUGCUUUCCCUCAGAUGGGUGGCAUGACUCCUGGCUAUGCAUCAAGCACCAUGUCUCACUCUUCAUUUGGUCCUGCGGCUCAGGCUGCUUUCAGUGGAGCAGCUGACACCACCGCUCAUACUAUGCCCGGAAACGGUCCUCAAAAUGGCUUCUAUGGCAACGAGCCUAACGCCGAUCCUUUCGCAUUCCUCUCUGCUGGUCUCGGCAACCUCAGUGUGGGCGACGAGAACCAACCUCCGCGACGUAACGGCGGGCCACAAAGCGCCAAAAGCCCUGCUUAA